CACACACUUCUCCUAAGCAGGCUGGUCCAGACUUGAAGUCAGGGUAGCAGCAGCUGACAGGAGUCGUGACUAAGAUGGAGCCUGAAGCCAGCAGAACGAUGGAGAUGGCGGCGCUCGGCCGGCCAUUCAGCCUCGGGAUGCUGUACGACUGCCGUCAAGAUUCACUGGUCCCUGGCAUGACACUGUGGGACUGUGAUGACCUGGCAAAAGAUACAAGAGAAAGACCAAAACCUAGCAGUGACUUUGAGAUGGUUGCAUCUGAGUCACUUGAGGAUAAAUCUUCAGCACUAAAGGUUGAAGCCUCUCUGAAGGCAAGUUUCUUGAGUGGACUGGUUGAGGUUGAAGGAUCGGCCAAAUACCUGAAUGAUCAUAAGACGUCCAAAAAUCAGGCCAGAGUAACACUGAACUACAAAGCUACCACAAAGUUCCAUGAACUGUCGAUGAAUCAUCUUGGAAGAGGCAAUGUGAAGCAUCCGUAUGUCUUUGAUAAAGGACUAGCAACACAUGUAGUCACAGGUAUCCUUUAUGGGGCACAAGCCUUCUUUGUCUUUGACCGUGAGGUGUCUGAAAAAGAAAAUCAUCAAGACAUUCAGGGCAACUUGAAGGUGAUGAUCAAGAAAAUUCCCUGCUUUUCAAUAGAGGGUGAAGGUUCACUGAAGAUGGAAGACGAGGACAGAGAAAAUGUUGAAAAAUUCUCCUGCAAAUUCCAUGGAGACUUUUCUCUUGAAAAGAAUCCUGUGUCCUUUCAGGAUGCAGUAGAAGUUUACCAAAGCCUUCCAAAGUUGUUGGGAGCAAACGGAGAAAACGCUGUACCAGUGAAGGUCUGGCUGUUGCCACUGACCAGUUUAGAUUCUUCUGCCGCUAAACUCGUUCGUCAGAUAAGUAUAAGGUUAGUUCAAGAAUCCCAGAAUGUCCUGGAGGACUUCAGUGACCUGGAAAUGAGGUGCAACGAUGCGUUAAAAACCACCACUGCCCAGCAGUUCUCACAGAUUGGCAAAAAGAUAAAAACUUUUAAACAGAUGUGCUGUGAGUUCAAACUGGAGUUCCAACGAACCCUGUCAAAGAAACUUCCAUCUAUCCGAGGAGGAGGAGAAGAGGAGGCUGUGCUUGCAGAGAUCCUGAAGAAGACAACUUCUUCUCCUUUCAACAGCAAGAACCUGAACGAGUGGAUGGACUGUAAGGAGACGGAAAUCUGCAUUUUAAAGUCUUUCACCUCCAUGAUGAAAAACACCAAGAUCGUCUCAUCUCAAACAGACCUGUGCAAAGAAAGUCUCAAUGUAGAGCACGCUGUGUGUUUUGUCUUCACCUCACUGGGAAGUGUUGAACCAUACCUCUCAACUUUAUCAAACUACUUAAAACAAACACCCAAACAAGACGACGUUCAAGAUCCACACACUCGAGAUUUAGAGAAGGAACAAUGGUACCUUUCGAGCAAAGUAUCAGAUUCAUUGAGGAAUAAAGCAAAGCUCUUCAGUGAUUUUGCAGAGGCCAACCAGGACAACAUGAAGAUUAAGUUUCUGACGGUGGGUUUAACAAAUGAGACACACAAAGGUUCAAGCAUCUACCUUUAUAAAGACGGCUUUUCUGUCAAUGACAACUUUGAGCCGCCUUCAAAGCCUGAAACAGCGACAGUAAGUGAUACAAACCACAACAGUGUGACACUGAAGAUUUCUCCACCCAGAUUUGGAGCAGAGAACAUCACCUCCUACUCUGUUGAGUACCGUGUCAGGGGAGAGGAUGGAUGGGAACAAAGAACGGCAUCAAAAGCUGAAGAAGUUACAGUGAGCGAUCUGAGUCCGAACACAGAGUACGUGUUCAGAUGCAGAGCAGUGACCUCAGUAGGUGUUGGGCCAGCCAGUGAAGUCAGUGGCUGCAUUACAACCUUGCCUUGCAGCCCUCCUGGAAAACCUCAAGUUGAACUAAACUCAAGUGAGAUAUCGGUUAGCUGGGAGAAACCUGCUGAGCUUGGACGAGAUGUCCACGUUUGGAGCUACAUCGUGGAGUACGCCGAACCAGACCACAAGGUGAAAGAGGAAGAUCUCCAAUGGAAACAAAUGAUGGCAAGAGCUGAAAAGUUGAUCAUUUCAGGGCUUCGGUCUGAGACACAAUAUGCUGUCAGGGUCAGGUGUGACUGUGGUGUAGCUGGAAUAAGCAAAGAAAGCAUCACUGUUAAUGUCUGCACAACAAAACGUGAAUUUAUACAUCUCACAGAAUUCCUCAAAAGUACAAGCAAAAGGAUCAAUUCUGAGUCUUCCUCAGUUUACAAACUGCCUCUGACAAAAGAAGAAUUGGACAUCGAUGGAUGCCGGAGGUAUGACUUUGGCAAAGAAAGCAUGAGGUCAAAUCGCACUAUCAUGCUUCUUGGAGCGACCGGAUCAGGAAAGUCUACUCUGAUCAACGGACUCAUCAACUACAUUGUUGGUGUUGAGUGGAAGGACACUUGCAGAUUCAAAUUAAUUGAUGAGGAUCAGUCGAGAUCGCAAGCUGAGAGCCAGACCUCUGAAGUCACCGUGUACAAAAUCAACCACCAAGAGGGGUUCAAAAUCCCCUUCUCUCUGACCGUUGUGGACACCCCAGGGUUUGGGGAUACAAGAGGCAUAAAAAGAGACAAGGAGAUCACAGAGCAAAUCAGGAGGCUCUUCACCUCUGUUAAUGGAGUCAGUGAGAUUGAUGCAGUGUGUUUUGUUACUCAGGCCUCUCUUGCACGACUAACAGCUACACAACAAUAUGUGUUUGACUCUGUGCUCUCCAUUUAUGGCAAAGAUGUGGCAGAGAACAUUCUGAUGCUGGUGACCUUUGCCGAUGGCAAGCAGCCACCGGUUCUUGAGGCCAUAAACGUCUCUAGGGUUCCAUGUCCGAGAAAUGACCUAGGGUUUCCAGUUCACUUCAAAUUCAACAACUCUGCAUUGUUUGCAGACAACAGAAGCAGCAGUGAACGGGCCUGUGAUGGAAACUCUGAUGAGGAUGAUGACAACUUUGAUGAAAUGUUUUGGAAAAUGGGAGCCAAAAGUAUGGAGAAGUUCUUCACUGCUUUGGAUAAAAUGACAACCAAAAGCUUGCUCAUGACCCAAGAGGUUCUAAAAGAACGAAGGCAUCUUGAAACAGCCGUCGAAGGUUUGCAACCGCAAGUUAAAGCUGGAUUAGCAAAACUUGAAGAAAUCAAGACAACCAAAGAGAUGAUUAAAGAGCAUGAAUCAGCCAUGACGUCAAAUGAAAACUUUGAGAUUGAGGUGGAUGUUAUUAUGCCAGUCAAAACAAAUCUCACAAAGAAAGGAGAGUACAUUACCAACUGCCAGAACUGUUCGAUAACAUGCCACUACCCGUGUUUGAUAGCAGAUGAUAGUGGAAAACGUGGCUGUGCGUCGAUGGAUCGCACUGGGAAGUGCACUGUCUGCCCUGGGAAAUGCAUAUGGAGUGUGCAUUUCAACCAGACAUACAAAUGGGAGUAUGUUCAAGUAAAACAGAAGCAGACACUGGAAGAGCUAAAAGACAAGUACAAAAAAGCUGCAAAAGAAAAGAUGACUGUUCAGGAGGUGAUUGAGAGGCAAGAGGAAGAGAUUGUUCAACUUCAAGACAUGAUAGUCUCGCUCAUGGAUCAGUCAUCUCACUCUUUAACUCGUCUGCAAGAGAUCGCCCUGAGUCCUAAUCCUCUGACGACUCCAGAUUACAUCGACAUGCUGAUUGAAGGAGAAAGGGCCGAGGCCAAAGUGGGUUACCUGGCACGAAUUCAGUCUUUGGAGGAGAUGAAGGAAAAAGCAAAAAUCAUUUCCAAAGUAGCCAAGCGAAAGAACCUCAUGAAAACGGAGGCGGAAUUGCAUCAAGAAAAACAGGAGAGGAAAGAAAAGAAAGGUGUGUUUAAGAAAAUUAUGAAUUACUUUGGAUAUUAAGGAAAACAUGUCAUUGUCUGCAGACAUGUUUGCAGCACUGUGAGGUUAUUACAGUUUAAACCUGAACUAAAUGGAAAAUAAGUCAAACGAACAGCUGUAUGACAAUUAAAACAUUGCAUUUGAUGUGUACAUUUUGUAUUGGUAACACAAUUAGUUCAUUUUACAUGAUUAAAUUGUAGGUUUGAUGUAUCUUUAGUAGGUUGAACUGCGAUCUGUGAUGUUCUGCCUGUUCAGACUACAGCACAGAUGACGGUGCUUCACGUGUGCAGUUUGUGCAGUUUGGACUUGUUUUUCUUCGAUGGCAUUUGUCAUUUUAACCAGCACAGGUGAGCUCCAGUAAUAAGUCAAAUGGAUCAAUAACGUAUAGCAAGCACCUGCAACCGUGGUUCAACCAGCUGAUUAUUUUUGGUUAAUAAAGUUAGAGAAGGAUGCAGCGCUAAAAGAAAUGUAAUGUAAUGUAACAUGCAAGUCAUGCAGUAUUAAGUUAACCACACUCCACCAUACUGGUGAAUAUAUAUGCAAAAAUACAUUGAUUUAGAUAUUACAGAUUUCAGCUUUAACAUUUGUCGUUUAUUUCUUUUUGUUGCCCUUUAAUACUAGUAAAGACAUCACAUUUACAUUUGGCUAAUAAAAUACCAAUACCUAUUGUUGGUGGUGGAUAUGCUUGGUUUUACUCAAAACAGUGCUUACUUAUUAAAGUGUUAUGUGAUUGAGAUGUGAUAAUAAAAUCAUUUUGUUGCACG